AUGUUCAAUUCAAGUAAAGGAAGAUGCUACACAGAUCCUUUACGUUUCAAUCCAGAAGAAGGAAGAUGUUACACAGAUCCUUCUCAGUUCAAUUCAAUCAGGAGAAGAUGCUACACAGAUCUCCUGGACGACAAAGUACAAUUGUCGCUUUCAAUUGGCCAUGAUCUACAGAUCAUGCAAUCCCAGAUUCCUCCGAGAAUCAAGGAACUUCCCAAGAAUUCCCCUUUCAAGGACCCUGAUCCAUGUCCAUGUUCAGAAAACCCAGUCACGGAUACAUCAGUUGGCCAUAACUCAUCCCUGAAGAUCAUGAAAGAACAUUUCAAACCCAUUCAAGGAGCCAGACCUCAUUCCUUUACAAAGGGAGAGAUGGUCGCUAUACAACUUGUUACUGGAAAACAAGUCACUGGGAAACUCAUUCAAUUCAUGCUACAGUCCCGCACUGUACAUUCAAUGGCGAAGAUUCAAGAUCGAGUGCACACUCGCCACCUCAUUCAAGUACGGAAACGUGUACACGAAGACUACGAAGAGAUGAUUGAUGGAUUGGAUACACCCCCGCAAACUUCUCCACCUAUUUCCGAACAAUCCAGACCGCUAUCCAACUGCUCGUCGAGUACAACCCGAACGAAGUGCCAAGAAGCCAGUGGACUACAGACGCCAACUCUCCAGCCGCCGUUCCAAGCGCUGAUCCUUCUUUACAGGGAGAUGUCGAGUCCCGAGACGCAAACAAAGAUUACUGUAUUGGCAUUCCGUUUCAUUAGAAGAUUCUCGAACCUCGGAAGAGAAAUAGGCUCUCAGUGGUUAUUUUAUAUUAUUCAGUGA